AUGAGACAGGUAGGGAUUUGAUUUCGUUACUUUCUUUAUUUUUCCCUUCAACUAAUUACAUUGUUCCUUUACGUGUUAAAAAGAAUUAGACUUCAUUGCAUGUGCGUCCUGUUGUGAGCUUUAUGUCGUAAAUACAUGUACGGUUAACGUUCCUUAAGAACUUUUGUAAAGAAACCACAUGGUAUGUUUUCAUACUCCAUGGACCAACUUCAUUCAAAUAACUUCAGCUUAAGUGGUGCACUAUUUUAAUACAAUCAAUUGUAUAUUCUUUUCCUUUCAUUAGUGAAUUGGCAUUUGGGUAUUGCGGAAUACUAGAAAAUGAAACUUCGAUGAAUGUAACUUUGUUAGAUACAUAGGUAUGUCUAGAUGAUGAUACAGCCCCAUUUUACUAUUACUAAGGUAUUAAGGUGGACGUAUCCGGCGUCUCAGAGUGGAGCAUUAUGGAGAAAUCUACGGCUAACAAAGCGGCCAGUACAGGAAAACCCAUUACGUACAAAUUUCGCCUAUUCAUUGAGAGGAACGUAUUUGGAAUGGUUCACCUUUAACGACCAAUAAUAAUCAUGACAAAUGAAUGAUUUCUAUUGUACUUUGUCCCCCUUUUGAUUACAGAGUGAUAAAUGUUUUGAAGUGCUUAAGAGGAAAUUAGAGUACCACAACUGAAGUUCAGAUAGGUACACGCAAGUUACUUAAACAGUUACAAGUUCGUUUAUGAUUUUACGUUUCCUACUUGGAGGUUCAUCACCAGAUGAUUACCCGGACAAGUUGAGGCAGUUUUUCUGUGUAAGGUAUGAAGUAGCAUGGGGAUCUGGUUUUCAUACAAUGUUUACCCCAAAUUUUACAGGAAAUGUGUCACUUUUGGUCCGUCACUUUCUGUCAUCUCUCCUGACUUUCUUUGAUGCUUGUCUUCUGAAUUUUCAAACUGUUCAUUAACAGAACAAACCUGCAAAAAUGUUCCCCGGCAUCUGAAACUCGGAAAGUACUGACCGAUCAGCUUGACAGGUAUGAAACCAUAUUUUGGAUCCUGCAAUUUAUUCCCCUAAUCUGGGAACUAAAUGAUCUUUACGUAAGGAUAUUAAAACGAUUUUCAAAUGAGGUCCGCCAAAACAAAGCAAAGAACUUAUUACCAGCCACAAAAUCUAGAAAUAGCUUAUCAUACAAGUAAACAGACAAUCAGGCAGUAGGGCAAUCAGAAUUAUGGAAAAUUCCAUGUCAUUACACGUGGAAGUCGUUAUUGGUAUUUUACUGGGUUCUCAGGGCAAGUUUUGAUUGCCAAUCGCACUUCAAAGCAAUGCAAAUCCAAACCAAUAAUUUCAACCAAAUUUUGGGUUUCUCCACUGUUUUCCUUUACGCUGGUAAUAGGUUGGAUCACCAGCUAAAGAACCUUGAGGGCGGCCAACCCCGAUGGUCUCCUGACAGUAGCAUGUAUAUUGCAUACCUCUGCGAUUUGCAAGACAAGCGUCGAGAAGACUUGCUAUUAUCCAUGCAUGUCAAGUGCUCAGAAAGGUGUUUUCUCUUACAACUGAUGAAGAAAUAUGCAGGUAUUGCAUUGAUAUGUUCCAGUGCUAACAGUCGUCGAUAAAAGCCCGAUUACAGCUAACCAACACAUCGUAUUGAAAUGACUAUAACCUAGGCUUUCUAGGGUAUCAUUUUGACUCAUGUCGUGUUAAUUCUUUAGAUGGACAAGCCAUUGCAAAACGGCUUUGUACGCAAAUUACAAAGGCAACGGGAGCCAUUAAACAGCUGGUCAAGGAGUACACAAGACAAAACGUUGACACGGUGGGUUGUAAAUACCCCUCCACAAUUGCGUUUGAAGACGCGCUGAGCAUCGACAGUCCACUGUGGCGUGUACUAAACGAUGACAUCCAACCGCAGUCUGCUGUUCCCUAUUGUUUAAAGAGGCAACUCAUUGAUUUGUUUCACACACGAAAAAGAUGCUUAGAGGAAAUAGCCAACACCAGAAGAAGAAAUGGCUCGGAUGUUCAGUCAUUUCGAGGGAAAGUUGAAGGUAUUGGACACUUGGUCAAAGGAACUGAUGGCACAGAAAGAUAAGGGGGGAGCUCGCGCAUUACUCUCCAUUGCCCGCACUAAAAUGGAUGAGCUUUCCGUAUUCACAGGUCAUCUCCACGGUCUCUUUUCUAAUGAUGAUGGUAGCCAUGAGGAAUGUGAAGCUCAGUUUGACCUUGGAAUUUUCCCCGAAGCGGAUUGUGAUGAUGCCGAUGAGGAGGUUCAGAUGGAGGACGAUUACAACACUAAUGAAGUUGACGUGGUUCAACAGCUUGGCCAAAGUGAAGUCUUUGAGGAACUGCGUUCCGUUCUCAAUGCUGAAUACGGAAGUGACAGUGAAUCUGAUUCAGAUAGUUCAGAUUUAAACACAGAAAUAUCUUGAUUGUAACUUGUGAGUCGUUUCAACUGCCUGUUCCUUUUCCUCUUUCACUCAAGAAUGUAAAUCUACGAACAAGUGUUACCAAUCAGCUAAAAAAAAUUAAGCUCAGUGUCAACUAGUCAGUCACUUUACACGACAAAUAACAGCUCUCCUCCACGAAUUAAUUCAAUCUUGUUUUAUCGACUUUGGCUCCUUGACGCAUCCUUACCUGGUCAUUUUGUUGUGACGUUUAAAGCCUGAUUAAAUUGAAAAAGUUUCAGCAUUUUGGCCUAAGUGUCUUUGUUCGCGGGACAAGUAUUUUAACGCAUGGCAAUGGCG